AUGAUCUUAUCAUUUGAAAUUAGGAGAUCCUUACACACAAGGGUUGGAUUACCUUUUGAUCGACCCCUUCUGAAAAUCGCUAACGCCUUGGAUUUUUCAAAAUUGAAAAUUGGUGGUCUUGGCUCUCAACAAAAGGUUUUUGGGGGAAGUGUUUCUCUUGUUCAAGGUUCCUAUGAAUACUUUCAUUAUCUUCAGGAUGGUUUUAAUGAUUCGGGAUGGGGUUGUGCUUAUCGCUCUCUCCAAACUAUCAUUUCAUGGUUCAGACUCCAAAACUACUCAUCUAUAGAGGUUCCUUCUCAUAGAGAAAUACAGCAGUCACUUGUGGUGAUUGGUGAUAAAGAUUCUUCUUUUGUUGGGACACGGGAUUGGAUUGGUGCCAUGGAGUUGACCUUUGUUUUGGACAAACUUCUUGGCGCAAGUAUUCUCCUUAUUACAGUAUUUGGUAACAUUAACCUUUAGGUUAAUUAAACGCUAAUUGAUUAAACGUUAACCUUUGAUUUUUCUAUUCCAACUGGACAACAUAUGCUGAGCCCUAGGCAAAGAAGGCUAUCUAGAUACUUGAUUUGAUCUGAACAGAGUGCAAACCUUUUUUUUGUUUCCUCUUUCUAAAUCACUUAUUUGGGUUCUAGAUAAAUUAUUUGACUUGACUAGGUUGUUUUCUUUCUGAAACAGGUCACAUGCAAAGUGAUCAACGUUAGAUCCGGAGUUGAGCUUCCAGAAAAAUGUCGAGAGCUAGCAUUGCAUUUUGAGACCC